AUGUUUUCAGUUCGCUCAUGUUGUUCUUCCUGUAAUGAAAUCACAGCUCUGGAGCUGAUAAAAAAUGUGCAAGUGCAAGCAAUCAUAGGUCCGAACACAUCAAUGCAAGCUGAUUUCGUAAUUGAUCUUGGACAAAAAGCUCAGAUACCCAUCAUCUCAUAUUCUGCAAUAAAUCCUUCACUUACUUCCAUCGAAACCCCAUAUUUUUUCCGAGCUGCACAAGAUGACUCAGUUCAACUCGAAGCCAUUACUGCCAUCAUUAAAGCUUUUGGAUGGAGACAGGCAGUGCCCAUUUACAUCGAUAAUCAGUACGGCCGAGGAAUUUUGCCAUUUUUAGCUGAUUCUUUACAACGAAUUGAUACUCAUAUCCCUUACAGGUUUACUCUAUCUCCCGUUGCUACUGAUGAUCAGAUAGUUGAAGAGCUUUUGAAGUUGAUAACUAUGCAAACUCGGGUUUUCAUUGUUCAUAUGCCACAAUUUCUGGGCUCUCGUCUCUUUACCAAAGCAAAAGAGCUUGGAAUGAUGAGCGAAGGCUAUGUUUGGAUCAUUACUGAUGGAAUGACUGACCACUUGAGUUCUUUAAAUCCUUUUAUCAUUGAAUCAAUGCAAGAUGUGAUUGGUGUUCGACCUUACGUUCCAAGGUGUAAAGAGCUCGAAAAUUUUCGUUCAACUGACCUCGCAUCACUUGGGGUGUCUCUAAAUGGUCAUGCCCUUGUUCAAGCAUUAUCAACCACUCGCUUCAAAGGCCUCAUCGGAGAUUUCCGUUUCGUUAAAGGGCAGCUACCACCACCAUCUUUCGAAAUAAUCAAUGUCAUCGUCGAUAGAACUAGAGGACUCGGAUUUUGGACACACAAAAAUGGACUUGUCAAGAAACUGAACUCAUCAGUAGCAAAAACAGGCACUUCUAAGUCCAAUCUUGGACCUGUUAUUUGGCCAGGGGAUUCAUCUUCUGUUCCUAAGGGAUGGGAGAUUCCGACAAAUGGCAAGAAACUACGAAUCGGAGUGCCAGUGAAGGAUGGCUAUACUGAAUUUGUAAAGGUGAGGAGAGAUGGCCUGACUAAUACUACAAAUAUAACAGGUUACUGCAUAGAUGUUUUUGAUGCUGUAGUAGAAGCAUUGCCUUACUCUCUAACUCAUGAAUACAUCCCAUUUGCUAUGCCUGAUGGUACCGCUGCAGGAACUUAUAAUGAUCUAGUCAAUCAAGUGUACACUAGGAAUUUUGAUGCUGUGGUGGGAGAUAUAGCUAUAAUUGCCAAUAGAUUUUAUGUGGACUUCACACUGCCUUAUACUGAGUCAGGAGUAUCAAUGUUAGUUCCAAUUAAAGACAACAAGAGUAAAAAUGCAUGGGUUUUCUUGAAGCCUUUGACAUGGGAUCUUUGGUUGACAAGCUUUUGUUUCUUUAUUUUCAUUGCAUUUACUGUGUGGGUUCUUGAACAUAGAGUCAAUGAAGAUUUUAGAGGUCCUCCUUCUCAUCAAGUUGGCACAGCCUUCUGGUUCUCUUUCUCCACCAUGGCUUUUGCCCAACGUAAGUACUCAUCAACAAACUUGGCCAGAGUAGUAGUAAUCAUAUGGUGCUUUGUAGUAUUGAUUCUCACUCAAAGCUAUACAGCUAGUUUAACGAGUCUCCUCACCGUCCAGCAGCUCAUACCAACUGUAACUGAUGUUCAUCAGCUCAUUAAAAAUGGAGAUAACGUAGGCUAUCCGAAGGGCUCUUUUGUUCUAGGUAUCUUGACAAGCUUGGGCUUUGACGAAUCAAAUCUCAAAAUGUACAAAUCUACUGAACAAUGCAACGAACUUUUCUCGAAGGGAAGAAAAAAUGGCGGCAUUGCUGCUGCUUUCUAUGAAAUUCCAUGCAUUAAGCUGUUUCUUGCAAAGUAUUGCUCCAAAUAUACUAUGGUUGAACCGACGUUUCAGACAGGUGGCUUUGGAUUUGUAAGCUCCUCGUCUUUUUUUUUAUUACUAAUGUUCAGAUAAAUUUUGCAUUCUGACACGAAGUUUCAGGUUUUUCCUUGAGGAUCUCCAUUAGUACCUAACAUAUCGAGAGCGAUCCUGAAUUUAAGGGAAGGAGAUAAAAUGAAGAGAAUUAAAAGAGCAUGGUUUGGAGAACAAGUCCCAUGUCCAGAUCCAAGCACUAUUAUUUCUUCCAGUAGCCUUAGUCUCAGAAGUUUCUGGGGUCUAUUUUUAAUUGUUGGAGUAGCUUCAGUUUUAGCUCUUAUUGUUUUCGCACUUGUCUUCUUUUACCAACAAAGACAAAUUUUACUACCUAAUCCAAAUUUAUUAGAUUCUUCAUCAGUUUGUAGCAGAAUUGUUAAGUUGGUCAGGAUAUUUGACCACAAGGACUUGAAAUCACACACUUUCAGAAAGGGUAAAGAAGUGCAUGAGAUACAUUUGGCAAUGCCAAGUCCUUCAAUCUAUUCCGUCCAAACCAAUUUUCCUGAAGAACACGGGACGCCUUCUAUGGAUUACGGAGAUCCAAAUCCAACUCCUCAACAAGUAGUGAUAAAUAUUAAUGAGCUUGUGGAAUUGUAGUCAUCCAUAAUGGUUGUAUAGUUCAUGUAGUAGUAGUUGAGGCUUAAUACAUAGUUUGACCUCUGAAUUUGUACCCUUUUACCCAUCUAACCCCUAAAUUUAACGUCUCACCUAUCGAACCUCUGAAGUUGUUAAAUAAUCCGAUUUAACCCCUGAACUUGAUAAAUAUAUAAGUAUUGAACCCUUCGUGUCCACCUGUCACUUGAAACGUUCUAGAAGAAAUUGUGUACGGAGGGGUUAAAUGUUUACGUAUUUAUCAAGUUCGGGGGUCAAAUCGGGUUAUUUAACAAGUUCAGGGGUUCGAUAGGUGAGAUGUUAAGUUUGGAAGUUAAAUGGGUAAAAAAGUACAAGUUCAGGGGUCAAACUAUGUAUUCAGCCUAGUAGUUGAGGCUCUCAAAAUCAAAGAUGUUAAACUUACCGUCAUAUCUAUAUAUUCUUUUAUUUAUUAA